GCAUAUUGCUUGGUUUGUGUUUACUCCCAGUAUCAGGAAUACGUAGCUGGACGAGGGUAUCCACAAGCCAGAACAGGAAGACCACUUCCCCCAGCUGAGUACCAGAGGGACGGCUGUUCAUCCAGUGUUACUAAGAUCACAAAUGAUUCAAUGGCUUUAACACAACAAUCAUCAGCUCCACCUGGUGUCAGUGAUGCUACCAUAAAUUCCGAGUAUUCUUCUACGUUUCAAAAUGUGGAAGUGAUUAUUAAUGGAAAAGAAAAAGAACCGAUUGCGGAGCAGAUAAGUACUGCUGGGGAAACGAAUAGAAACUCACCAAAUGGAAUCGAAAAUGCUGUCUAUGUAGCUAUUUCUGAAAAUGGCGGAAGAAUCUUUGAUGUGAGUCUUAAUAAUGAAGGAGAAGUUCCUAAAGAAGAAACUCAGCCAUUUGUUUAAAAAUUCUUCGGCCAUUAAGAAGAAAAAGAAGAUUUAUAAUGAGCUUACAUACACAGCCGUGUUUUAUGUCUUUCUUUAGUGAAAGCAUUUCCAUGUGUGCAGAAGGCCCUACUAUCUAUUAUUAAUGAAACAAUUACCCUGAUUAAAGUGUUAUUGUUAUAUAUAAUGUGCUAAAUAAUUUUUUCCUGCAUAUGUUUCUUGUGAAAACAUUUCUUGAAAAUCUGUCUGAAAAUGUAUUACAGAUAAAAUUUGUGAAACGAAUAUAGCUACAUUUUUCAUGUAAAGAAAUAUUAAACUGGUACAUUAUUUCAAUU